AGUGCGUUGACGUCGGCUGGCUGCACCGAGCUUUCCUUUUUCACUUAACUUUUCUCCUAGGGUUCGGUCCGCUGCCAAAGGCCGGCACCUUCCGCUCCCCGGCUCGCUCUAAGUCCUCAGUUUCCGCUCAUCUUACCGUAGGCCGGGACGACAUGAGCAACAAAGAAGGAUCAGGUGGGUUCAGGAAAAGGAAGCACGACAAUUUCCCACAUAACCAAAGACGAGAAGGGAAGGAUGUUAAUUCAUCUUCACCUGUGAUGUUGGCCUUUAAAUCAUUUCAGCAGGAACUGGAUGCAAGACAUGACAAAUAUGAAAGACUUGUGAAACUUAGUCGGGAUAUAACUGUUGAAAGUAAAAGGACAAUUUUCCUCCUCCAUAGGAUUACAAGUGCUCCUGAUAUGGAAGAAAUAUUGACUGAAUCCGAAAUUAAGUUGGAUGGUGUCAGACAAAAGAUAUUGCAGGUAGCCCAAGAGCUAUCAGGAGAAGACAUGCAUCAAUUCCAUCGAGCCAUUACUAUAGGACUGCAGGAAUAUGUGGAGGCUGUCUCUUUUCAACACUUCAUCAAAACGCGAUCACUAAUUAGUAUGGAUGAAAUUAAUAAACAAUUGAUUUUUACAACAGAAGACAAUGGGAAAGAAAAUAAAACCUGCUAAAGAUUCUUGGUGCUGAAAAUUCUGGAAAUUCGAUUGGGAAAGGUAUUUGCUUCUGACUUACCUGUUGGGAAUAUUGUCAAGACCAUUUAAUUAUAUUUUUUUAAAAAACUUAUGAAAAAUUUCAAACAUACAGAAAAGUAGAAUAGCAACACAGUGAAUUCCCAUAUGCCCACAGCCUAAAUUCAGCAGUUGUUAACAUGUUGUCAUAUUUACUUCAUCUAAAUAUUUUUUGCUAAACCAUUUUAAAGUAAAUUAUAGACAUAUUUCACCACUAAAUAUUUCACCCCUAAUAUGCAUCUUUAAAAACUGCAUUUCUUUUCCCUGGUUUCUAAAAUGACAUUAUGAGUAAAGCAGAAUUUAUUCCUUUGACAAUUUAUUAGGUGAAAUUUCUUAAGUUUUUAACACGCUCCUUUCCUCAAAAUCAGCUUCUUCAUUAGCACCACAAAACUCCUUCUGUCUAAUGGUAAGAAACAAAGAACCUAACUUUCUUAAGCAAAGGUUAUUUAUAAAUAACCUGUGAAAUGUACCCCUCCAUACCACUACUACCAUUUACCCAUUCUAAAAAAAUGCCAGUUCUCUGAUAGUUAAUAGAAAUAAAACGUAGCAGGUACUUCUGUGUUAUGAUAUAGUUUAAAAGGCAUCAGAAUAAAGGGAAGCAGACUUUGGGUACUUACCCAGUUUUGCCUUUUAACUAGCGAUAUGACCCUAAGAUGUUUCUUGGACCUCAUUUUUUUCUGUCUACAAUGAGAGGAUUGCACCAGAUGAUCUCUGAAGAACUCCAGCAAUAUUAGGAUUCAUGUAUUAGAUACAGAGCAACAAAAGUGAUCUUAAUAAAACCUAAACUUGACUCUGUUAUUCCUUGCUUAAAUCCCAGUGACUCUCCAUUACCUAUAGGUAAAGUUUAAGUUGCUUAAAGUGGCAUUCUGUCCCUGUCUUUCUAUCUUGCACUGUUUCUUACUUUAAACUUUUCCUCAAAAGAAAUACCUAACUAGUUCCUCAAAUAUACAGCACAGUAUUGACCUCUACACCUUUGCAAUUUCCUCUUCCUAAAAUGUCCUUUGAUGUAAUUGAACGUCACAUGGUUAAGUCUCAUACAGUCUUUAAGUGUCAACUUAGGCAUCACCUCUUCCAGAAAGACUCCAGUAGAGGGAGAAAUUGAUAUGGAGAUAGUAGAUUGACAUGAUGGUAAUGGUGAAAACAGCUAACAUUUAUUGAGUAUUUGUGUUGGGCAGUAUGCCUAGAACUUGGUAAAUGUUAUCUCAUUUAAUCCUUAAAAAAAACCCUCUGAGGUAGGUACUGUUAUCCCAUUUUACAGAUGAGGAAACUGAGGUUUAGAGAGAUGAAAUAACUUGCCCAAGGGCACACACCUUAUGAAGCAAGGUCCUGGAAGAGGUGGGAGGAGAUGGGUCAAGGUCAUUUGGAAGAGUUAACCUCAAACAAGAGGAGGGACAACUCAUCAUCUGAGACUGGAGGAUAGAAGGUAAAGAUGGAUGUGGAUAUAAAUAAGCUUUUUCGUAGGGGUAAAGGUAAUUGAGAGAGAUUGUGCCAGGUGCUCUAGCAAGUGACCAAGUCACUAAAAUUAGGCAGGAUUGUCUAUUGAGAGUGAAGAGGUUUGAGAUUGCAUAGGGGUUGAAGGGUUGGAAUAGUGUUUGAAGGGACUGGGAGAAAACCGUCUAAGUAAAAGGAUUGGUAGGUAAUUUGUAGUGGUACAAACUAUAUAGUUGUGAUUUUUUGUUUUUUUAGCUUAGUAAUACUCAGCUACUUGAAUAAAGGAGUAACAAGGAUAGAUUUUAGUAUAGAUAUAAGAUUGUGUUUUUGCUGGACAGGUACAGUAGAAAACUAGGAGUCUAAGGGAAUUGAGGAGAAUGUAGUGAGAGUAAUAAAUCAUAAUGGUCAGUGCUGAGUAUGGAAAAGAAAAGAGGCCAGGAAAGGACUACAUAAUUGACUUAGGAAGACAUGAAUGGAUCAGAAAUGUGGAGUGCGUUAUUAUUUGUCAUCUAUAUACGUAAGUGAUUUUCAAAAGUAAUAUAAUUAGACCUUAUGUAAGAAUGUUUUAAUUUUAUAUGACAGAUGAAGUUGGAAGUAUAAUUGAUUUUAUAACAAUACAGUAUUAGACUUAAAAAAUAUCUUGAAGUCAGCUAGUUCAGCUUCCUACUCAGGAUGUGGUUUCCUUUUGUAACAUUCCAAAUGAUCAUUAAGCAAAAUAGAUUGUUUUAGACGAGAUUAGUAGGACCGCUCUCCUGUUGAUUUUGUACCUUACAGUGAAUGUGAUACAGCCAUAUUCACUCUUUUUUACAGUGUAUUUUCUGUCUGUGUGUGUGUGUGUGUGUGUGUGUAUGUGUAUGUGUUCUGUUUUGUUUUGUUUUACCAGCCCUCCUCUGAUGCACAGGAUAAGCAGUUUGGUGCUUGGAGCCUGAAAGUCACACCUGUUGAUUACCUUCUGGGAGUGGCUGACUUAACUGGAGAAUUGAUGCGGAUGUGUAUUAACAGUGUGGGGAAU